CACAAAGUUGCCGCCUGUGCAUUCGCCAUCAUGGCCGACGAAACGGACCAGGGUCAAACAGGCUUGAUCAUUCCAGGCAAUAGCGUCAAGUCAUUCCGGUCGCGGGUGACCAAUUUGGAGGCCAUCUCGUUGUGCAAUUCGAUGAUCGUGGCAGAAGUUAACGACCUUCAUACGGUUGACUUUCAGUACAACAACGUGGGCGAGUUGGAUGAUGACGACCCCGAAAGCCACUUGAAUGCUGCUCGUGCCAUUGCCAAGCUCUUUCUGAACAUCGACGGAUACACGUCGAGUCUAGUGCACGUCAACUUGGCUGGCAACGCCCUCAACGACGAGUGUGCCCGCAUCUUGUGCACGGCUCUCGCAGAAAACAAAACGAUCCAAGUGCUCAACUUGCGCCGCAAUCCCCUUGGGAACGAAGGCAACCUUCACGUGGCCCGAAUGCUCGAAAUCAACAUGACCCUUCAAGAUAUUGAUAUUGGGGAUACGGACAUUGGCCAUGGCAGUUUGAUUGCGAUCUCGGGUGCCCUUCGCCAUAACACAGCCCUCAAGCGCAUCAACUUGGAUAACCCCGUGUUGAAAACUCUCGAGGUGGUUUUCGAGCAGGAAGAAGCGUUGCAGCACGUGGCCAAGAUGCUCCAGGCCAACCACACGCUGACGCACGUCAGUCUCUGCAAACACCAAAUCACCGACGUCGGCGCCCAAGUGCUGGCCGAGCGCCUGUUGGACAACAAGAGGCUGACGAGUUUGCACCUUGGCGCGAAUCGCAUCGGCGGCUUUGGGUCGGAAGCCCUUGCGGCCUUACUCCUCAGUGACUCGCGCAUCUCGGAGCUGGACUUGACCGCCAACAGGAUUGGCGACGACGGGGCGCAAGCGUUUGAGACGGUCCUGGGGGUGUCCACUCGUCUGCAGGUCCUGCGCCUCGGCUACAACUCCAUCGAAGACGCGGGCUUGGCCCGAUUGGCCAACGGAGUUGCGCGCAACGCACAUUCGACGCUGUGCGAGUUGGUCGUUUGGGGAAACGACUUUGGUGACGUAGCCCCCGAGCAAUUUCAUCAUUUGCUGCAACGCCAUCCUGCGUUGCACACCGACGUGCAGCCAUACAUCGUGGACGGCAAAGUGCACAUUGCUCAGAAGGAUUCGUCCACAUAACAUGUUUAAGAGAAACAUUACCUUGCA